GCAAAGCAAUACACACCAGUAUAUGUGUACAUGAUGAAUCAAAUGAGUGACAUUAAGCAACUGCUUUUUGGACUUUUUAUUGUUCUUUCCACCUCGCAAGAGCUAUUUGUCAGUUCUAACUACACACGAACCAUCAUGCUCUGUCCGAGUGGUUACUGGCCUGCUUCUGUUGACACAAUGGGCGGACCCUACGGAACUGAGAGAACGUUUACGCUUCCCUACAUGCCUGAUAUUGAGCAACCGGUAUGUCGGUUUUGUCCUCAGGUUGGUUGCUAUGUCGUGCGUCGCAGCAUAAAAAGAAAGGGUGAGAGCAAGAUGUUGAAACCAACCACCACAACAGCAUCCCCAACCACCACAACAGCAUCUGCAACCAGCCAGAUAAGUGACGAGUUGGUAUUGGGAACGGGAGCUGUGGGUCUGACAAACCACAACACCAAUGUCAGUAACGUGUCCACGGAACAGCAACCGGAAUUUAAGCUUUACGUUUCUUGUGAUCAUUGGUCGAAUUUACCCCUACCAUCAGACAUAGUAAGCUACUUGGAUUGUGUGAUGAUUGGCAGUGAGAUGGAAUUCUACUUGUUCAUUUAUGAGCCCAGAUUUCAAGAGCGCAGAAUCCCUAUUGUUGAUUGCGUGGAUGUGGAUUUCCUGGCAUGGAUUCCCAAUGGAACAGAACUGCUAGGCCUCGAGUUGGGGUUUCGUAUGCGUGCAAUUCCACCCUUUCUAUUCCGCUAUCACCAACGUAUAAUGCAGUCUACGCAAUACAUUUGCAUCGACGGAUCGUCCCUAACUAACGGAUCAAUUCCAUUCGAAGACACUGAGCGGUUCGCUAGCAAUAAGCUGACACAGGUGGUUUUCCGUAGCGAGUCGUUGAAACGCAAUCGUCGACCACCGAAGGCACCUGAUGGUCAGUAUACGACGAACUUCCAAAGUGAUGAAGAGAUUGCUACCUGCCCUCAUAUUGUGCAGCACAAACCUGCAAAUUUAACACCGCAAGUGGACUGCCAGUUCUCCCCAGCGGGACUGCCAACCACAUCAGACCGCGUGGAUCGGAAGCAGGCCCUGCUUAGGUGCCCAAAUCGCAUUCGGAUUGAGCCUCAGAAGAAAGAACACCGAGGGAUGUCCCAUCUUGGUGUGGCCGAAGAACUUCGAGUUCCGCCAGCGGUGCUGUCUGCAUCAUUACUGGUGAUGGUACUCUUACUCAGUAUAGGCAUCAUAGUAGCAUUUUGCGUGAUGAACGCAGAGAAGUUGAUGCUGUGCCGUACAAGAAGCCGGAAGCGGCGAGAGCGCGAGGCUUUGUUAGCAUCUGAACUAGCCGAUCAAGCGGCCAAGGAGGCAGCCUCCGCGGCAGCGGUGGCAGAAACUGUCGAAAGGCAACACAAUGCGUGGCAUCCAAUUUACGGGCGAUACGGAGUCAUACCGCCUAACAUGGGUGGAGCAUUCGGAGCAUUCGCUUCUCGAACCAUUGAUACUUCCUCUAACCCCCCACAGAUGAUGAAUAUGACUGGAGCGCCCGUUAAUCUUAACAGAUCUGCUGCAGGAUUUUACAGCCAACAUCUAGGAUCAAGCGCACACGGAUGAGUGUCACCAAGAGUUUUGAAAGACACGAGAAAUGGUUGUACCAGAAAUGCAGAGCAGUUUUCUACGUUCACUAAGCUGAAAGAAACGUCAAAAAAAUGCACAUCGGCGCCAGUUAAACAGUGUUCAAAGCUCCGUUGUCAAAACUGCAACAAAACUGCUUCUGUAUUCUAACCCGCCGUGUGAAUUAUUUACUAACCUAGCUAGAAUCUUCAGCAUGAAGAUCCUUUUCACCUUUCAGUACAACCAGUCGGUUCAUUCAAUCAACCAUCACAAUCAUCACCGUUUGGGCUUUAAUGCGGUACGCCAACUAACAAUUUCACGCAACAAUUGCUUCAACAGAAAUGUACACGAAUACUCUUUCAUUUACCGAGAAUUAAUCACAAGACUUAUAUAUCC